AUGGCAGCUGGCAUCCUGACUAGAGUGUCUCAGGCUCUGCGGGGUCCCCGGUUGGUGGGCGCUGUGUUGUCAGGUCAUGGACACACUCUCAGUACCGCAGCUGCUGCGGCCAAACCACCAGCAGCACCGAUCGAUGAUACCGGUGUGAACGAGAAGAUCUUAAACUUCCCCCUCACUCAGCCAGACUUUUUCCGCUUGUCUGAGCUCUACACCAUAAAGGACCUGUUUGAGGCCCGUGUGCAUCUCGGCCACAAGAAAGGCUGCAGACACAGGCUAAUGGAACCCUAUCUGUUUGGUUCUCGUCUGGACGUUGACAUCCUAGAUCUCGAUCAGACAGCGGAGCACCUCCAGAGGGCAUUAAACUUCACUGCUCAUGUGGCGUACCGGGGUGGCAUUAUUCUGUUCAUCAGCCGCAGACGCCAGUUCGGCCACCUUGUCGAGACGACAGCCCGAGAGUGUGGCGAGUACGCUCACACGCGUUACUGGCAGGGUGGACUGCUCACCAACGCCCCUGUCCAGUACAGCCCCGGCGUCCGGCUUCCAGACCUCAUUAUAUUCCUUUCAACCCUCAAUAAUGUUUUCCAGCCACACGUGGGAAUCCGGGACGCAGCCAAAAUGAAUAUCCCCACAAUUGGGGUGGUGGACUCCAACUGUAACCCCAGCCUCAUCACAUACCCGGUGCCAGGCAACGAUGACACUCCUGCUACCAUGGAGAUGUACUGCCGGCUGUUCAAAAUGACCAUCAACAGGGCAAAAGACAAGAGGAGGCAAAUGGAGCUGCUGAGGGGUAUUUCAGCAUCAGUAUGA